AUGCCUGAAGAAAAGAAAUCGAAUCGAAAAAAUGAACCUAAAGAACAAAGGAGGUCUAGACGGCGAAACGAUCAACAAGUUGUGAAAAGAGAGGAAAACCAGCAAACGUCUAAACAACCAGAGAUAAAUCCCAAAAUUACAGCACCAGAAAAACCAGCAUAUGAACCACCUGGACCAGAAUUUUAUAAGAGUUUAAAAAGAGAAACAGAUGAAAUACUUAAAAUAACAGAGGAAGCCAACUUAAAGUAUAAAAAGAAGGAAAUACAAAGUAAUUGGGCCAAAUAUGAAAUGCCAAUUGAGAGCUAUAAUGAAAUUGAAGAACAAGAGAAUAUGGGAGCUGAUUUUGAGACUCUUAUUCAAGCACCUUUAUCAAUUGGAGGACAUUUUCAGUUCAAACACGAAAAAUCCUGGGAUAUUAGUUCGGGGCCUUCUUUAUAUGACAAAUAUUUUGAAAUUGACAUGGACAAACUAGCUAUAGCUCUUUCAACAAUACCAUUCUAUGAAAGAAAUAGUUUGGAUAAAUCUAUUUUUAACGAAACAGAUAUAUUAAAUAUGAACAAUAGAGUUACUAAAUUCAAACAAAAAUACUAUAACGACAAAUCAUAUACGACACCAGAAUUAGAUGUUCAAGAAAAGAUUUUGAAUAGUUUAACAAAAUCAGACGAAAAUGACAAAAGCGACAAAAAUAUCACUUAUGAAGACAAAGAAGAUAUUACUCAAAUAAAAACUAAUCUUUCAGAUUUUACUAAAAGCCUAGAUAUUAGUAAUGAACUUAUGUCUGAAAAUGUAAUUAAAAUAUCAGAAAAGAGUCUGGCUACGAAAGAUAAAGAAACACUAAUGACUACAAAUGAACCUAAAUUAGAUAAAAUAGAAACUGAGGAAAUUAAACCAAGUGAGCCUGACAACUUAGAAGAAAACAAAGAGGAUAUAAAGAUACUUACUAAUACUAAAACGAUACAAGUAGACAAGAAAUUUGUGGAUGAUAUCGAAGACAUAAUAGACAUUGUAAAAAAUAAUGCAGAUGAUAUGAAGAAAGAAAAUACUGAAAAGAGUGCUGAUAUAGAGCAGAAAACAGAAAAAUUAUAUGAAGGUGCUGAUGAUUCAGUAAAAGAAACUAAAUUAUCGAAAAAUCCUAUCAUUGAAUCUCCAGAAGACCUCGAGAAGUGGCUUGACGAUUUCUUGGAUGGCUAA